UCAGCUCCACACCAGCCAACCUUUUACCUUAUUGUACUACUUCAAAACAAGCCCAUAUCCCUCAAGGACUAAGACGGAAAGCAUAAAGUUUGCCCCCCACACAGUAUACGUUUCACGUUAACCCUCCAGAAAUACACAUCCCGGAGUGUCUUGUUGCAGCUGAGUGGGAACCCUCUCAGACUUAAAAAGAACGUCGACACGGAAAGUUAUAUCAUCGAGUGGUGAAAACAUUGUUUGCAAAUUACGAAAGAGGUAGGGAAUUUUUAAGAUGUUAGUUUAAGAUGUUAGUUUCAGUGGUUGCUGCGUUGCUUUUACAACAGUUUUCUUGUAAUGUUUCCCAAUUUAAAUUCUUUAUCAAGUGAACUCAUCUAAUGUAUCAAUUCAAGAUGUUACAGUGAGCCAAGUUGUAAAAAUAACAGUUGUGUUAGAAAGACCGGCAAACCGGCCAUGAAUACUCACAAACCGAGAGAUUAACUCGACUCGCCUGAACCAACCGCACUUCAUCUAAUCUUCCGAUUGACGAGAAGAGCAUGCCGCAUUGUAGUCAGCUUAAAACGUGAAUAAUAUGUGAAUAACUGAUUCACUGAAUAGUGUUUUUAAUUUAACUAAUGUCUUUAAAUAAUGGCUUUAUUUUCUCGACAGCAUGUAAGCAUCGUUGAAACUACAAUAAUGAACAAUCCACAUGCAUCAUGUGCAAAGUUCAAAGCAUCGAAGCCCAUUGCCUGAAUGAAACUACAUCGAAGGGUUGCAUUUAAGGAAAGAAUUUGAACAUUAGCCACCUGAGCCAAAAUGGCAGCUUCCAGCAUAUCCACAGGUGGCUCACUGCUGGGCUUUGAAGACUACAGCUUAUACACCAACCUGUCGGAUGAAGAGCUAAUCCAUCUGGCCAUCGAACGCAGCCUGACUGACACUCAUGCAACUGCAGUUUCUGACCGUCCCACUAGGAUGCCUGCUUGCCAAAGUGUGAACUCUGCCCCCAGAAACCCAGCUCUUCCUCCUCCUCAGAAUGUUCAGCCACCAGCCAACCCACUCUGUGGGACAAACGAUUUCCAGCAAUGCAAGAAUACCGACGGGACGAAGAACUAUCCCUUUGUCACUGGCUGUGGCGAGAGAAGCGUUGCGUGGCGGAGAUGCGAUGGCUCACUUUACGUCACCCCAGACCCCGUGGAGGAUGUUUAUACUAUAGUAACAGCGAUUAAGAACGGUGAUGUGAAAGCCGUGAAUGACCUCUCAUCUUCUUCUGCAAAAAGCCUGAUGUUGGCAAACAAGGAUGGGUGGAUACCUUUGCAUGAGGCAGCCUAUUAUAACCAGGUCGAAUGUGUAAAGGUUCUCCUGAAAGCUCAGCCCACUUCCAUUGAUAAGCGCACCCUGUUGGAGCAGACAGCUCUCCUUCUGGCAGUGGCCAGGGAGAGCUUAGCCUGUGUGCAGUACCUGCUGGAGAAAGGUGCCGACCCUGAAAUUGCCAGCAAAAACAAAGACACCCCUCUUUACAAAGCUUGCGAGAUGGAGAAUGUGGAAAUUGUGGCACUUAUUCUUAAGUUUGGAGGUGGGGUGAACCAGCGUUGCAUCCAGGGCUGGACCGCUCUCCAUGAGGCAGUGUGUCGCAACAACAUAGAGAUCUGCGAGAUGCUAGUGGCAGCUGGGGCUGCAGUGAACCCACCUGACAUGUACGGCAUCACACCUCUGUUUGUGGCUGCCCAGAGUGGAAGAGUUGAGGCACUGUGCUUCCUCAUUAAAAAUGGUGCAGAUGUCAACAGCCAGGCAGCUGAUGGGGCCACAGCUCUUUUUGAGGCCAGUAAGAAUGGGCACAAGGGCGUAGUGGAAAUCCUGCUCACUCAUAAUGUAGACGCAAACAGACCUGCCAAGAGUGGACUGCUGCCCCUGCACAUUGCUGCUGACCGUGGAUUCGAUGAGAUUGUGUCCCUGCUUCUGCCAGCCACCAGUAGGGCCCGGCUGCGACGGAGUGGCGUCAGCCCCCUCCACCUGGCUGCAGAGAAGAACCAGGACGACGCCCUGGAGGUCCUGAUCAAGGCGGGCUUUGAUGUCAACGCCAAGCUGUCCCACGACCGCUCCAUCAUGUACGAGGACCGCCGCAGCACGGCGCUCUACUUUGCCGUCACUAACAACAACGUCGCUGCGGCCACCAUGCUGCUGGAGGCCGGCGCUGACCCCAACCUGGACACCUUCAACGCUCUUCUGGUGGCCGUGCGACAGGGCUGCAUCAAUACCGUCGUCCAGUUGGUGGAGCACGGCGCCAACGUCAAUGCGACCAUCCCCACCUACCCAACCUCCUUCCCCAGCUCAGUCAUGUUCUGCGUCAGAUACUUGCCUCUGCUCAAGUACCUGAUGGACAGGGGCUGCAAUGCUCUGGCCUGCUUCAGGUGCCAGCAUGGUAGCAAGCCACACCCACCAAUCAAUGCCCCCCGCAGCAGGGGCACAGACGGCAUUCCAGCACAUAGCCACAGUGAAACACCCCUACAGUUCUGUGAGAUGCUCUCCUCACCCUCUGUGAGUAGCUGGGCGGGGCCUGUCAUUGACCUGCUGUUAGACUACGUCGGAAAUGUAGUACUGUGCGUCAGGCUAACCGAGCAUUUGGACAGCUACGAGGACUGGGCCGUCAUCAAAGAGAAAUCCAGACAACCUCGUCCCCUGAUGCACCUCUGCAGGCAGACAAUUCGCAGACAGAUGGGAAUACAGAGGCUGAAACAUCUGGACGACUUGCCUCUUCCAGGACGGCUAAUCAAGUACAUGAACAAUGAUCGCACCAGGGAUGAAUGUUUAUACUAGCAGGGAUCAGAUCAGCAAAAAGUUUGUGGCGAAAAAUUCCCUUAUCUGCUUAUUUUUACUUUUUAGGCAAACUGGGGGUGCUCCCGUUGUGGUAAGGUGUUGGUAGAUAUAAUAAUGCUCCAUCUAAGUUAUGAAUGAUAUAGUGGCUGUAUCCAACAACACCUAAACAUUGCCAAACGUUAUGCAACCUUUUGUUUUUCUUUAACCUUAAGCCAAAAGGAUUUCUAUAGGUACUGAAGUAUGUAUAAAAUAUUAUUUAUGAGAUAGUGUGGUCUUAACUGAAAUGGGGUAGGAGUGUAGCACAGUGGGUAAGGAACUGGGCUUGUAACCGAAAGGUCGCAGGUUCGAUUCCCGGGUAGGACA